AUGCCUGACUGGGCUGAACACUGUGACAUUCCUCUCAAUUUGAACAAAUCCAUGACCAUGCAUUUUGGCGACUCCCAGGCAACUGCCUACCUCGUAAAUGAUGCUCGGCUUGCAGCUUGCCAAUCCAUCAAAGAUCUUGGCGUGUCUUUUGAUUCAAAGUUUAAGUUCUCCCUUCAUAUUGAGCAAGCGGUGGAGAAGGCGUUCAGGAAUUUAUUCGCCUUGUUUCGUAAUGUACAGUCUUCUGAUGUGACAUUGCUAAAACGCCUUCGACAGCUUGCAUCUUGUCGCAUGUCGAAUAUUGCUCACAGGUGUGGAGCCCAUCUACCAAGAAAAGUGUCUCAAAAAUUGAAAGGGUCCAGCGUGUUUUCACGCGUCUCCUGUGGUAUAGAAAUGCUUGCCAUCGUAAUCAUUUACCCAGUUAUGAUGCGCGACUCAAGUUGUUUGGGCUUCAUUCUCUGCAAUAUAGACGUGCAAUCUCUGACUUAG